GUCAGUGCUGACGUUAUGGUGUUGAUGAUGAUGGCGACAGUGGACUUGUCCCAGUUGGAUCUGAAUGAGAAGGGAACCAGGGAGAAGCUGUCUCUCUGGGACCGCCGGUCCGACGCCUUGGCUCCCCUGACAGAGAGGCAGACUGACUCAAUUUUGGAGAUCCAAGCCGCUGCAGAGAACCUUCCCAUUCCCACAGAGCUGCCCAUUGAAGAUCUGUGUAGCCUGACGUCUCGCUCCGUCUCUGUUCCCCUCACUGUGACAGUACCCGCCUCUACUGAGGAUAUCCUUCUCCAGGGCUUCAAGUCCCUGGGGAUGGAGGAUGAACGAGUAGAAACUGCACAGCAGUUCUUCUCUUGGUUUUCCAAACUGCAGUCACAGAUGGAUCAGGAUGAAGGAGCUAAGUGCAGACAAACCAGGGAUUUCCUCGGAGGUUUUCAGGAGCAGUGUGACGCCAUACUGAAUGACGUGAACACCGCCCUCCAGCACCUGGAGUCCUUGCAGAAGCAGUAUCUCUUUGUAUCUAUGAAGACAGGGACACUGCACGAGGCCUGUGAGCAGCUCUUAAAAGAACAGUCCCAGCUGGUUGACCUGGCAGAGAGCAUACAGCAGAAGCUUUCUUAUUUCAAUGAAUUGGAAAAUAUAAACACAAAAUUGAAUUCAUCGACGUUAUCUGUGAACAGUGAAGGGUUUGUCCCAAUGCUGGCUAAAUUGGAUGAUUGUAUAGAAUAUGUGUCCUCACAUCCAAAUUUUAAAGACUGUCCUGUUUAUUUAGCAAAGUUUAAACAAUGCCUUUCAAAAGCUAUGCAUCUCAUGAAAACAUAUACUAUGAACACACUACAAAACCUUACCAACCAGCUAACAAAAAGGGAUCCAUCAGGUUUGCCAAAUGGUGAUAAUGCCUUCACGUUGUUUUAUGUAAGGUUCAGAGCCUCUGCACCUAAAGUCAGAACACUGAUUGAACAGAUAGAACAAAGAUCUGAGAAGAUACCGGAGUAUCAGCAGCUAUUGAAUGAAAUUCACCAGUGCUACCUGGAUCAGAGGGAGCAGUUGCUGAGCCCCAGCAUAACCUCGACAAUAACAGACCUGACCAGCCAGAACAACAGAGAUCACUGUGCUCUAGUCCGCAGUGGCUGUGCCUUCAUGGUCCAUGUCUGUCAGGAUGAGCACCAGCUGUACAACGAGUUUUUCACCAAGCCAACAGCCAAGUUAGAUGAAUUGCUAGAGAAGUUGUGUCUGUCGUUGUAUGAUGUGCUCAGACCACUAAUCAUCCAUGCCAUCCACCUUGAGACUCUCUCUGAGCUCUGUGGGAUCCUGAAAAAUGAAAUGCUAGAAGACCAUGUCCAGAAUAAUCGGGAGCAGCUGGGUGCAUUUGCUGCUUUGGUUCAGCAGAUGCUGGAGGACGUACAAGAGCGGCUUGUCUAUAGAACACACAUGUACAUCCAGAGCGACAUCAUCGGAUACAACCCAGCACCAGGAGACCUGGCCUAUCCAGAUAAGCUGGAGAUGAUGGAGAAAAUAGCACAGAGUUUAAAGGAAGAGCAGAAGAAAUUGCCGGCAUUAGAUUCCUCGUUUUCAGACAUUCAGUUAGAAGAUCCAGAUUCCAAGAGUGUCAUCAAAUCAGGUACCUCAGAAGCACCAGCAACGCGCUUGCAGGCUACAGUUUCUCCAGCAGAUUUGCACGGCAUGUGGUAUCCCACAGUGAGGAGGACUCUGGUCUGCCUGUCCAAAUUGUACCGAUGUAUAGAUAGGACAGUGUUUCAAGGUUUAUCACAAGAGGCAUUGUCUGCGUGUAUCCAGUCAUCAUUGAAAGCUGCAGACACCAUCAUGAAAAACAAGACCCAGAUCGACGGCCAGCUGUUCCUCAUCAAACACCUGCUGAUCCUGCGAGAACAGAUCGCUCCCUUCCACGCCGACUUUGCCAUUAAGGAGAUUUCCCUGGACCUUAAGAAAACUAGAGAUGCAGCUUUUAAAAUACUGAAUCCCAAGACUGUGCCUCGAUUUUUCAGAUUGAACAGCCAUAAUGCCAUUCUUGAAUUUUUGUUGGAGGGAACGCCGGAGAUAAAGGAACAUUACAUUGACUCGAAGAAGGAAGUGGAUCGCCACCUCAAGUCCAGCUGUGAGCACUUCAUCCAGCAGCAGACCAAGCUCUUUGUGGGGAAACUGGAGGAUUUACUGACCAAGGUGGCAGCUUUGAAGACCAUGGCUAGUCAAGGCGGGCCAAAUUAUAACCUUUCUCAGCAGCCAUGGGCCCAGCCAGCAAAGAUCAAUGAUAUCGUGGCCACGACAUAUAAAACAUUAAAAACGAAGCUUCCAGCAACCUUGCAGAGCAUGUCUUUGUACCUGGCCAACAAAGACACAGAGUUUAUUCUAUUCAAACCAGUCAGGAACAACAUUCAGCAGGUGUUCCAGAAGCUCCAUGCCAUGUUACAAGAAGAGUACAGUGAGGAGGAUCUCCAGAUCAUAGCCUGUCCUUCUAUGGAGCAGAUCAACUUGCUGUUGUCUGUGAAUAAAUAACCGGUGUGAAGUAAUGCAAGUCUGUGUCCAUGGAAGAAGCAGUAGCUUGCUGUGAGGGGUUACUUGCUAAGAAGCCGGUUUACAGAUCAUUACCUUAAGGAUCGCCUGCUGUUUUUGCAGAUUGUUCCAAAUGACUUGAUCUGGAGAGCUGGGAAAGCUUGCCUAUGUUCAGUCUCCAGAAAAAAAGUCAAUCUGGUCAGAACUGCUGCAGACCUAAUCCAAGUCUCAUAGGGAUUACCUUGUGUUUUUUGGGAAUUUCUAGUAUACUACCAAAGAUAAUGCUGUGCUGACAAAGCGGAACGUUGCCCUUGCAAUCAUUUCAAAGGCAUAGCCCUGUUUCUUGAUUUUCAUAAAGCAUUGUUCAUGACAGAUGAAAGAUCAGGGUUAAAUGAACUGGCUAAGCUUAUGUUUAUAAUAUAGUAAUGACAUCCAGGCAGUAGCGCACCCUUAUUGUCACAGCCCUCAAUGUCUGUUGCUAUUCAGUGGAUAUUGCACCAAGGUUAUUUUAUGUAAAGAUUUUAUACUUGUAGAGCUAAUUUGCCCUUCAUGCUCUUAUGGUAAAUGAGAACCACAUUAAGGGAUAAUGCUGGGAAGUCUAAUGAUUUGUUUAAGAACUAGAAGCUCAUACUCUGCCAACUUUCAACAUCUCACUCAAAGCCGGACCCCACAGUGCAUGGCAUGCUACCUCGGUUCUGGUAUCGCAUAGGGUCACAUAGCUCUUAGAGGUGUCAUCUGUGAUCUGAACAGCCCCUUGAUAACUUGUCUUAUUGUGUGCUGUGCUGUUCUUCCCUGUUGUCAUAGAACAUGCCCUAACCAGCCCUCCGUCUUUAGGAUUUACAGUGCAGUACUGUAUGUUAUACAUUUUAUUGUUGUCUGUCUUAUUUUAAGAGGUUUCUAGAUUUGCAAAGUAAUUUUUAAAUGAUUUCACAGUUGUAAUUAAGUUGUCCAAACAAUCCUUUUUACUGUAGGCGAGAUGAAAUUUAAAGUUGGGGCCCACCUUCUUUACAUACAUUAAAGACCACUAGCCUUCCAAGAAUCUUCACUUUCCUUACUACCACACUGACUGUUUGAAAGGAGCUGCUAAAGAUUUUUUUUAUUUAUAGAGAUUCAGUGGAUAUUGGAAGUUGACCAGUCUUUGCAAGACAUGGCCUUGAAUCUAAAAAUGAAAACUGCUGUUUCCUAUACAAAGGUUUGCUUUAGAUUGUGAUCAGUCUGUGUGCGUCUGUCGUGUUCCAUAAAUACAUGCUCAGAAUCAGCUGAGUAAUGAGGCUUGUGGAAUCCUUUUGUUUGCUACUCUACAAACUGUUUCAGCUUUUAUUUGUGAGGUGUGUUUUUUUAGUUUUUUAGCUAUUUUAUUCCGUUUUGGUUAUGGUGUUAAUAAAUCUACAAAUAUAACUGACAGGAGCCUUAAAGGUCACAUACAUAUUUCCAAGUCUAUUCAUGGCAAAAAAAUAUUAUUUAAUGUUAUUUUAAAGCCAUCAAAAGAUGACUGCUUGUUAUGUACAGAGUUAAUAACCUACUACUGGAAAAGCCUUUGACUCUAGCAAGUGACAGCCAGUUCUAUAGAAGCACAAGCACCACAUGCAGUGUAUGUAAAAAUACAAUCUUUGCAUUCUUGUAAAGUAGCUAUGCAUUUUAUUGUUUUUUUUUAAACUAUAAUAGUUCUAAGAGGACAAAUGUUUGCACAAAACAGCAAUUCUGUAGAUUGAGUGCAUCGCAUUAUAAUAUUUGAAGGGAUGGCUUCUCUGUUUAAAAUAAUUCUGUUAAUUGUUUGAACCUUGAUAAAGAUUUGAUAGGGAUGUUUUCCCUUGUUUAAUUAUUACAUAUAAUGUAAUGGAUGAAAUAAAGGUGUAUAUCAACUUGUAGAUAUGCAUGAUUUGUUAUUUAUCAUUUACUUAAACAACUGAUGUAAAAACAAUGAACAUAACACCUACUGCUACAACGUUUAGCAGUUUAAAUAAACCCAUUUUUUGC